CAACAACAAUUACUUGCUGAAAUCACUUCCUUAGAAUCUGAUCCCACUAAAACCCCGCAGCAAGAGCAAGAAUUAGAAACUAAAAAGCAAAAACUGAAAGAGUUAGAAGAAAAGCAGAAAAAAACUGUAGCCGAAGAAACACUUUUUACUGAGAAAAAGAAACAAUUGCAGGAGUUAUUAAAAAAACAGAGUGAUUCUAAUACUGCUAAACCAAGUGAUAAAACUACUCUUUAUGUUGGAAUAGUAGGAAUAACUAAAAACGCUGAAUGGGUUUUGAAUUGUGGUAACGAAAAAAGUCUGAAAGAACGAUACAAAAGUUAUUUAAAAAAUAAUGAAAAGCAACCAAAAGCUGAAGAAAACAGAACAGCAUUGCCUUUUUAUUCUGCACAAAGUCGGAAAAAUUUAAACCCAAGUUUUCUUAAAGAUUUAGGAGAAAAAUAUUUGAUCAAUAUUUUUCCUUUCAAAGAUAAACUAAAAGGAAAGUGGCAAGAAUUAGUUUCUAAUUACAAAGAGAAAGGAUUUUUAGAACAAGAAAUCGAAUCCUUUAUCAGUGAAAUUAGUGAAGAUGAAUUGAAGCGGUUUACAACCACAGAAAAUCCGCGUGAAGAAGCAAAAAAAAUGGUUUGA